UAUACGAUCCUGCGGGUCAAUGAAUGACAAGAGCCCGUCGAUGCGCGAUUAAAAGCGCGACGUACAAUCGCGGAGGAUCCUUCCUCGCGAUGGGCAAUUGCAUCAGGAGCAUGCUGAAGAGGCUACGGACGAACCGCGGAACAGAAAGAACCAUUGUCUUGCUUAUCGUGGGACUGGACAACGCCGGGAAAUCUUCGGUUUUGAAUCAUAUCAGCGGUGAUCCAGAUCAAAACGUAUUGCCUACGAUGGGGUUCCGUAUGGUAACCUUAAAGCACAAAUCAUAUUUGGUGAAGAUAUAUGAUAUCGGUGGUAGUUCACAGAUCAGGGCGUUGUGGCCCAAAUACUACAACGACAUACACGGUCUUAUAUACGUGGUGGACGCUAGCGAUAUCUCCCGUCUUGCCGAAAAUAAAGUCGUGUUUAACGAAUUAAUCGCACACGAGCAUAUCUCGACGAAACCAUUGUUGUUACUCGCCAACAAGCAGGACCUGAAUGGCGCGGUCGACGAGCUGGACCUGGUCGAGAACCUGGACGUGGAGCGCGCUGCCAACGCAAUGAAGUGUCCGACCCGAGUUGAAACGUGCUCCUGCGUUUACAAGGAACAGUCGAGGAACAGCAACGUCGGCGUGAGAAACGGUUACAAGUGGCUGUUGGACACGGUCGUGAAGAAUUACGCCGCGCUGAACGGCAGAACGAGACAGCCGCAGCGAAUCCAACGUAAGAGAAUCCAGGACACGCGGUCGGUCGCGUCGAACACGCCGUCGAGGGCGUCCGUGCACUCGAAUCCUUUUAAACCCAUCAGAGAUCUUCUAGCGGCUAAGGACGAACACGCGAUAAGUGAGUCACGUAAUGGUACCAGCGACGGGAGGAACGUCGCGAAAGUUUUCGUGCGAAAAAACAAGACUGCCCCUCUUGCAGUUGAGCAACCGAUUAUUGAAUACGAGAAUCUCUCGCCUAACGCGGAGGCCCUGGAUUCGCCCGAGGAAGCCGGCGAGAAAAGCACGCAGACCAUAACGACGAUAUUAGAUCCUUUGAAUUUGGAGCUGGAUCAUCGCGACGGUAACCCACACGCGAGGUUAAUCCGUCCGUACACCGCGCCGGAGAGGUCGCAACGAUUACCGAAUAAGAUGACGAUAAUCAACAUCCCCGGACAAGUGCCUCAAUGACAAGAUCUGUAAUCUUUUGUACUUGAAUCAAUCGAAGGGACCAAGUUGUACCACCGCCUAACGUAAGUGCAAAAUCUGCGGCUUCGAAAUCGAAAGAGCUACCGUCACACCGCGAGAAACACUGUGCCCUUACGUGCGGCCCUCAAACAUUGCCAUUUACAGUGAAUCUAUUUAUAUGACUGUGUUAAGUUAAUUAAUAUCUCGUGUAUAAAGAUGCGUAUUCUUGCCGCGUUGUUAGAAGUUACCGUUCCCGAAGUCGCGGUCGAUAAUGCGAAAGUAAUCUUAAUUUUGUGAACAUUAAUAUGGUAGUGUUUAAUAACAAAUUUGUAAACCCCUAAUAUGUAUGUAUGUAUGUGUACUCUUUUUAUCUCGAAUACAAAAAGAAAUAUGUCCAAGAAAUAUACUUUUUAUUAUCACUUCAAGAGGAAAGUACUGUGCCUGAUUAACUGCAGCAU